AUGGAGAUCAUUGCAAAUGAUGGCCCUGACCUGGAUGAUUGUAGAGCCUUAAACACAUCGCCCUCCAGCAGCAUCCGGCCCGCCUGCUCCAACAACCGCCGCCAAUCUGUCCGCUCCUCGGCAUCGACGCCAGCUCGUGCUCGACCCCUGCGCAACCUCGCCAUCCUCCUCCUGGCCAGCUUCGUCUUCCUUGCCGCUUCUGUCGUCCUUCCGGCUCAGGCUUACGUCGUCCCAACCUCUCCGGAUCAGCCUGCAAUUGCUGCCAUAUCCCACGAUGAUCGAUUCGUAGCCAGCGCCCAUCUGGAUCGCGCCUCCGUGGCGCGCUCCUCUGAUGCUGACGCCGAUUUCUCCUCCUUACCUCGAGCCUCGACUAGCCCCACCGCGCAAUGGAUCAAGCUCCAGAUGACCUCGGACCAUUCCGAUGGCGUCUUGUCGCAGGCUUUCCUCGAUGAACUCUACGAGCGACUCACGUUUGAGCGCCGAUAUGACGCUGCCUCGGACGUCGUCUCCGAGCCUCUGAUCCAAGGCGGUGCAGGCAAGUCCCCUUCGUCGCGCCGCCGCUUCUGGAAGCGCGCCACCUCGUCGGGCAGCGGCGAGACCUGCGGCGAGACCAAGCUCUCCACGGGGCAGAAGGCCGCCUACGGCAUCUUGAUCCCCAUCCUCGUCGUUCUCUCGGGUCUCUUCGCCGGUCUCACCCUCGGCUACAUGUCGCUCGACGAGACCCAGCUCCAGGUGCUCGCUCUCCAGGGCACCCCCAAGCAAAAGAGGUACGCAGAAAAGAUCAUGCCCAUCCGCAAGGACGGCCAUCUUCUGCUCACCACCCUGCUCAUCGCCAACAUGAUUACCAACGAGACGCUCCCCAUCAUCGCCGACCCGCUCCUCGGCGGCGGUGUCCAGGCCGUCAUCGUCAGUAUCGUGCUCGUCGUCAUCUUUGCCGAGCUCAUCCCGCAGUCCGUGUGCUCUCGCUACGGCCUCGCCAUCGGCGCCAAGCUCGCUCCCCUCACCCGCGCCGUCAUGCUCCUCCUCUGGCCGAUCGCCUUCCCCGUCUCUCGCGUGCUGCACUGGACGCUCGGCCCGCACCACGGCAUCGUCUACAGGCGAUCCGAACUCAAGGAGCUCGUCAACAUGCAUGCUGCCACCGCCGGUCGCGGCGACCUCAACAACGACACCGUCACCAUCGUCGGCGGUGCGCUCGACCUGCAGGAGAAGGUGGUCAAGCAGGCCAUGACGCCCAUCGACCAGGUCUUUAUGAUCUCGAUCGACUCGAAGCUCGGCUACGAGACGCUCCAGCAGAUUGUCAGCUCGGGCCACUCUCGUAUCCCCGUGUACCAAGAGAUCGAGAUCCCUCUCAACCGCGCGCGCGGUGGCAGCGGCACUCUGACGCCCAGCCGCGGUGGUGGCUUCUUCAGCGCCCUGAGCAGGAAGGCCAGCACCUCGCAGGCCAAGACCUCGAUCGAUGAUCAGCGCACGCUCGAGGGCAGCGUCUCGACUGAAAAGGAGCCGAGCGCCCAAGAUGUCGCUGUGCCCUACACGCCCGCCGGUGACAAGGCCACCGCCGCCGCCACCACGAUGAUCAAGCGCAAGAAGAUCAUCGGUGCGCUCCUCGUCAAGCAGUGUGUGCUGCUCGACCCCGAGGACGAGACUCCCGUGCGCGACAUGGUCAUCAAUGCACUCCCCACGGUGCCUGCCGACGAGCCGCUGCUCAACCUGCUCAACGUCUUCCAGGAGGGCCGCUCACAUCUCGCCAUCGUCUCUUCGCGCACCCGACGCUCGUCGCCCGGCUCCUUUGUCGAUCUCGGCAGCCAGAACGACCCGCGCAAGACGCAGAACCUGGCGCGAUCGGGCACCGCAGCGCGCAUCGAGACGUUAGGCAACAUUGACGAGGAGAAGCAGCUGGACGACAGCGCGAUCAAGAAGUCGAGCUUCUGGUCGCGCCACCUGCGUCGCCAUCACCGCCACCCGACCAAGUCGGCCUCGCUCGACCUGCCCCCCGAGGCUCUGCGCGACGAUGUGGAUGCGAGCGUCGUGGCCACCGAGAUGGCGCAGAGGGAUGUGCCCAUCGGCAUCAUCACGCUCGAGGACGUGCUGGAGGAGCUCAUCGGCGAAGAGAUCCUGGACGAGUACGACUCGGAGGUGGAGCAGAACUUUGCGCAGAUCAGCCCGCCCGCCAGCCCGGGUCACAAAGACAUGGUCAACAAGCAGGUCGAGGCUCCCAGCGACGCUGAAGAGAUGCAGCUACCCGGCGCGAUGCUCAAGCUUCCCACCAGCCCCAAGAUCCCUUUGCCGCGGUUCAAGCUAGGUCGGAGCGUCACCCAGAAGGACGUGGCUGUAGGCGCUACGCCUGGUGCCGAGACCGUCGCAUUGCCAGCCACGCCCGUGACCGAGUCGCGAGCCGUGCUGCCUGCCACGCAGGAAGCCGAUGCCAGCGAGCCCGCGCAGUUCCCCUUUGACGCGGUGGAGCGUGGUCCCGGCUCGCGGCCUUCUUCGCGUCCCGGCUCGCGACCCGUGUCGCCGGGACCCGCGGCUGUACUCGGCACCAGCACGGAUGCGCAGCUCGUCGCUCCGCGCGCCAACAAGCCGGUGGUGAUCCGACACCAGGCGCCGGACGGUACGAUUGCCACGGCGAUUGUAGGCGAAGGUCUGCUGCGCGGCCGUACGACUACGCUUGCAUCGGAGCGCACUGCCAGCGGUGAAGUGAGCCGCAGCACGACGCCUUCGGGCACGCGAGUGAGCCGCUUCAAGAGCACACCGCUGCCUGGCACACCGGCUGCAGGCGUGGCUCCGCGCAGCUGGACGCCGGGCAAGCCCGAGGUCGGCUCGUCUCUCGCAGAAGAGGUGGGGUCGGCGGCGGCUCCGGUCGCCAGUCCCGAGGAGCUCGACACGGACGCGGCAAAGAAGCAGCUCGGCGGCGACAGCGAUGACACCGACACGCUGUGA